AUGAGACAACAUACAUGUGGAAGAGAAAUACUUCGUCCUACUCCAACCCAUUUUGCUACUAAUUUCAUUGCAUUGCAAAGUAUUAUGUCUCAUAAAGAUGCACUAAGAGCCAUGGUAACAUCCAAAGAGUGGACAACCACAACUUAUUCAAAAGAUGUCAAGACAAAUAAAUUUGUGGAACAAGUCUUAGACUCAAGCUUUUGGUCUAAAUGUGCGCACAUAGUGAAAAUUACAGAACCUCUUGUAUGUGUGUUGCAUAUAGUUGAUAGUGAAGAUAAACCGGAUAUGGGAUAUCUCUAUCGAGCUAUGUAUAAAGCAAGAGAGGAGAUUGAUAAGAGGUUCAGAAGAAAUAAGUUGAAAGUAGAGCCUUAUUUGAAGAUCUUGGAUAACCGUUGGGAUGCACAACUUCGCAAAAAUCCUCAUGCGGCUGGUUAUUGGUUAAAUCCAUCUUGUAGAUUCAAUCCAGGAUAUGAAAAAAACAAGUCCACCACCCAAGGCCUUUUGGAUGUCAUUAAAAAGUAUGCUUAUGGUAGUAAGGACUUGCGAUCUAAAUUAACUGCUGAGAUGACUUCAUUCAAAAAUUGUGAAGGUAGUUUUGUAAGGACAACAGCCGUAGAAAAUCGAGAUGAAAUUUUGCCAAAUCAAUGGUGGGAAACUUAUGGAACCGAAGCGCCCAAUUUGCAAAAGCUGGAUAUUCGAAUUUUGAGUCAAACUUGUAGUGCAUUUGGUUGUGAACGAAAUUGGAAUGAAUUAAAUUUGGAUGAGGUUGAUGUUGAGGGAGAUGCACAACUUAACUCCGGAGAAAACAACCAAAGUAAUGAUAUCAUUGAUGGGGAAAAUGUUGCAAAUGCGAUUGAUUUUGGCGGAGAUGGUUUUGAUAUUGAAGGAGAUCCCAACAUUGAAAUAGUUUUACCUCCUUGA